CAGUGCCGUUACGACGCCCGCGUCUCUCGGACGCGUUUGCUUCAUACCAUUUGUACAAUCGUCAAUAUUUUCAGUCACUGCGAUAUAAUCGGUAAAGGAUGCUUCCUCGAAUUAUUUUGAAUUAUAAUAUUGGUGUUGCUAAGUGCUCUGAGAACACGACUCUGAAUUCUUUACUAUAUUGAAGAUUGAAGCAGUUUAGAAACACUGGAAUUCUUAGUACCUGUACUCGUAUUCGAAUUAUACAAGUAUUUUGAUUGAUUGUGCAAUUAAUUACCUUUUCAUGUGUCGUCGCGGUGCUACGAAGAAUAAAGAUAUUUUAUACUUGCUCUUUCGGAUACCGACUUAUUUUUAUUUCAUGUUGUCUUCGUUUGAUACUAACCCUCAUUGCGUAUUAAAAACAACGGACAAGUGUCAAGCCUCGAGUUCAAGCUCUUGUGUUUAAGAGCAAACCAAUAGAGAAUCCUACGAUGUUUGAGACUUGUGGAGCAUUGUCAGUCUGAGGCUGCCGGCGUAAUAAGCCACCAAUGCCGCAGUGGACAUGAGUUGGUUGUCCAGUUGGUCACCAUUGCAGGUUCUGCUUUUCAUCUUUAUCAAAUAUGCCAACCUGAGCGUAAUCAUGCCCGUAGACGAAUUGAUAAGCCCGCGAGUUGUAGUCGCUGCCUCGCAUGCCGCUCUGUCGGGUGAUCUGGCAGUUCUCAUCUUAGGCUUACAGCCUUUGGACGAACCCACAACCGUACCCCUGACCGAUACGGCCAAUUUGGAUACUGCGAUGGAAGACGAGCGAGGAAGUAGCCCGAGAAUAAGUACCGAGAUAUUUCAAGCUCCUCUAGUCUUAAGGGUAUUGCGAUUGGAUGGUUUUACAUCUGAGCUUGUGGGCCAAGUUACCGUCGGUCCGAUUCCUUCUACGGGUGGAAAUCUUUCACUGACUGUGCCGUGUGGUUUUUUAUCGCGCGGGGGAACUUAUUCUCUUCAACUUGUGAGAAAAAAUUCUCCGGUGCCAUCUAAGUUGACUGAUAUCUCCUCCAUACACGACAUUCAGAUGCGAACGACUUUAGACAUCAGAUGGCCGACACCGUCGCUUUCCCUUGAACCGCAACACUUUGAAACAUACCCGAGGCAACCGGUACUGGCAACUAUAGAGUACACCGGAGUAUCGUGUACACCCUACGCGGGGGUUCCAAUCGCGGCUUACUCCCUUGAGCUGAUAUACUGUGGUCCUAGUGUGCUCUCCUGUGAUACGCGUAACAAGAGUCACGUGCAGGUAUUAUACUCCGAAGAGAUCAUGGGGUUUCCCGCACAAAAAGUUAUCGCGCUACGAUGUGAACUAUUCGGACAGGCUGGGCAUUACGCGCUGAGACUGAAGCCUAGCGCUGGAAAUCCAACCGCGCCAACCACGAGUGCUUACAUCAAGGUUGAAUGGUCGGACCAAUUCGUUUUCAAUAUACAUGCCAGAUCGGUUUACCCCUGUGACGGAGGGAGUGGCGGGGUCUCCGUUCUCUUCGAAUACCCGGCGUGCCGUCUUCAAGGCGAUCGUGUCCGGGUAUACGGACGUCUCAGAGCGGACGUGGCUUCACUCGCACCACCUUCUACGCUUCAUUAUUUAGCCGAGCUCAAGGCACCCCCUGGUAAACACACCUUGACCUUCGACUGUGAAAUAUUCACGGAGAGGUUCGUCGAGUACUGCUUCAGCUAUGUUAGUCAAGCCAUCACCGGAGCAAUGUCGCAAGUUCGGGUGGACUGCAUUCCAACAUUUCUACUUCAAGAUGGUGACGCGGGCGGAUGGGGACCUUGGAGCCAAUGGACUCCCUGCAGUAGUUCGUGUGUUGGUGGGACCAGACAUCGGUAUCGCUUUUGUGACACGCCGCCGCCAAAAUACGGGGCAAAAUUUUGUCAGGGACAGGCAGUGGAGACCGAGACAUGCGGUGGCUCGAAUCAUCUCGAUCUUCAUGGAAACUGGAACCCUGCGGAGUGGGAGUGUCAUCACGGCAAGGAAUUAGCUGCAGAGAAACCAGAAGUUGCUGCUGAGGUUGGCAGUGUGUGUAGAUGUGGUUGUCUAGUUAUCCUUGACAGAAAUAAAAUGCAACGAAUCCUAGCCGCAAGCACACAGGCCUGUCCCGGCAGAUCAUUUUGGUUGGUUCAGGCUGAAGCUGACCACCGGAUUCGCCUUCACUUGGACCAAGCAAGAUUUCCGUGCAAGGAACAGUAUGUCAGGGUACGUGACGGUGAUUCUUUGACUGCUGAACUUUUGGCUGAUAUUGCUUUCGAUAAAAACUCCCCGAUUUCCGGCACGGUCACUUCCUCGGAUACUCAUUUAUUAGUGGAAUUCUUCAGCGGCGAGGAAUCAGCGGUUCACGCAUCGUGCGUCGGCGGAUAUUUGGCUCACGCCACGAUGUUAGACAAUAUUUUCUCGGCAAACGAAACUGCUGUGCCGGCUGAUUUUUUGUCACCAAAAAUAAUGGCAGCGGCGGGAAGAUGGGCACUAUGGCUGACGCCGGCUCAUUUGGCAGCUGCGACGCUUCUUAUUCUCAUAUUCCUCGGAUCUGUAUUCUUGGCGUUACAGUACGCCUUCAAGUACAGAAAAUAUGAGAUAGCCGAGGACCUUGACAGUCUCACAGACAAUUCCGCUUUCGGUGGAUCAAUGCAGGGCCUGGCAAGGAGGGCAAGGGCAUUGUCAUCGGCAACUCUUAUCUCCGAGGUGGUCUCUCUCAUUAGAUUACCCAGAAUGAGUUCUCCCAAGCACGCGAGGCUUCAAGAGGCACCAGCUGACGUUGAGGACGACUACGAGGGUGCCGGAAGCCAACCCAUGAAAGACGAUUCAGAGGUUAGCGAUAAGUCUGGGACUUUGAAGAGCAAAGAUUCGGAUGAAAAUUUGCAGCCGACGAUUGUCCAAGCCCCCGUGGACACGCAUCGCAGGCAGUCGUCGACUUGCGGUACUCCACCAUUCGGACAACCCGAGGUCAAGUACGCCCGACCGGUCAAGCUGCGGACAGUUGUUGGCCCCAUCAGUCCAGUGUCCGAAGAACGUUCGAACUCGGCAUUGAGCAGACGUUACAGUAUAACCAGCACCUCGAUCAGUCUGAAUAAUGUAAGAGUCCCUCACCCAAAAUCAUCCACCCUUCUGCAAGUCAAGGGUUUUUCCCCUGCGAGCACGUCGUCAAAUGCAUCAAACUUGCGAUGUGGCAAGGAGUCGAAGGAUCGCCGAAACAGGGAACGCCUACUUCAGGGACCUGGCUCGGAAUUUAGCCUAGCAAAUCAAGAUAUGGACUUGGAACUCGAUUACUACGAUUACAACGUCGUUAAUGCAGGAGCUGCUCCCGGAUCUUAUCUAGGUAUGGACCCAGCGUUUUUAGUAUGGAUACCGCCGCUUGAUCCCGGGGAAUCGGAUAUAAUGCGCGCCAUAGAAGAGGAUCAUCAUUACGAGGAGAUACCAGAGCGCAGUGGCAGUGCUGAGUCGCGUUUGAAAUUGAAUACGGAGGGGGCUUCUUUGACGCCAUCCGAGUACAAAUUGAUGCGGGAGAGUAAGGCGAGGAUCGGUACCCCGGGUCCUGACGGAACCUCCGUGCAUUGCCAUAAGGAGAUAUCACCGAAACGGAUUGACCACGGUGAAAGUAGACUGCACGACGAAAUAAUUACGGAGUACAGAGCCAGGCUAAGCGAAGGUAUUCUGCCGAUUCACAGAAUCCUCGAGGAGUCAAGAUUGAGGGUCAGCGACGAAUCGUUGGCUAAAUAUGGUCACGACGAUACUCUCAAUAUUGCGCAUGCGGACGUCAUUCCAAACAGGUUAACGGACGAGUCUGAGAAAUUUGAGGCAAGAUUUACCCCGAAGGCGAAUAGAAACCGACUCUCCGACGAGCAGGAUCGUAGGAGAAGCAAAACAACAAGGAACCCGGAUGUGACGAGGGAGAAUAAAUUCUCCGACGAGGACGGGGGCCGCCCGAAGAGGCCGGUAAAUGCGGGAAGCGCAUUCUCUGGCGACUUUGACUGCGGUUCGAAACUCCAUCCAAGUCUAGGCAGGAACCGGGGAGUAUCCGAGGAAAUCGUUAGGAAUCGGGCAUACGACGAAAACGAACUCACGAAAGCUCCAGAUGGUCCGAGAGAACGGAGAAACAACUCCGACGCGUCCAGGAACCGCAACAAUGGCAGGGGUUCGGGAGAUCCGGAGAGGGAUAGCCGAGACUGGAACGACGAGAGUCAUCGUGGGAAUGUCACUAUGCCAAAACAAAACACGGCAAACGCCCAGCAUGGUAGGUUUAAAGAGGAUGUAGCUGAACUGAAUUUAAUCAGCGACGUUAGAGUUGGCAAUGCUGUCAACAUACCUCUCAGAGAAUUUCCCAUCAGCCGAUUCGCCGACUCACCGGCAAGAGUCCACUGCAGGCCGAAGGACAAAAGAAACGAGGCGAAUCUCCAGAAAGAGAUCCAAAGUCCGGAUUACGGGGUCGAGAUUGACAUUAAGGAGGACUCGAAAGGUUUCUAUGACCUUAUCGGCGAAGGGGAGGAUGGGUUGAAAUUUGCCGACGACGACGACGAUUAUAAUAUUGAUAACAAAGUGACAGCUUAGACUUGUUGAGUUGACGGUGAGACACUGUGUCCCUGUGCAGUAGGUUGGGGUUCGGCAAACUCGGCUUUUCAGCGAAAUCCGUCGUCGCGGC